AUUCUGAUCUGGAAGGUCGGGUGGCAGAGGUUACAGCUGCACCACGUGUGUGUGUGUCUGGCCGGCUCUGUCCUUCUAACGCGAUCCGGAGACACUCACAACUAGAGCACGGAGGACAUGGUCAGCAAGACGGAGGAGCCCGGCGUGCCUAGCGCUGCCGCUGCACAGAUUCCAGAGAAAAGCCCAGGCCCGUGCUGCGAUCAUUCAACUGGCAUGCCCUUAAUGAACGGUGAUGGAACCCACAACCACCAGGCUGACGCUGAGCCAAAGCAGAAUGGGCAUGAUGAGGGCGAGCAGACUGAAGAUGGAAACGAGCAGGAGGUCAUCGUUAUCCAGGACACUGGUUUCACGGUCAAAAUCCAAGUCCCUGGGCUGGAGAUGUUUACGAUCCAGGUCUCCCCCCAGGAGAUGGUCCAAGAGAUUCACCAGGUUCUCAUGGACAGGGAGGACACCUGCCAUAGGACCUGUUUUUCCCUGCAACUGGAUGGAAACGUUCUGGAUAACUUUGCAGAGCUGAAAACUAUAGAGGGCUUCCAAGAGGGCUCUGUGCUUAAGGUGGUUGAAGAGCCAUACACUGUGCGGGAGGCCAGAAUUCAUGUUCGUCAUAUACGUGACCUCUUAAAAAGCUUGGACCCCUCUGAUGCCUUCAACGGUGUGGACUGCAACUCCCUGUCAUUCUUGAGUGUCUUCACUGAUGGGGAUCUCGGAGAUGGAAAAAAGAAAAAGAAGGGAACAGAACUUGAGCAGAUUGAUUGCACCCCUCCUGAAUAUAUUUUGCCCGGGAGCAAAGAGCGACCUCUGUGUCCACUUCAGCCCCAGAACAAAGACUGGAAGCCUUUGCAGUGCUUAAAAGUUCUCACCAUGAGUGGUUGGAAUCCCCCUCCUGGCAACAGAAAAAUGCACGGAGACCUGAUGUAUCUCUAUGUAAUCACCAUGGAGGACAGACAUGUCAGCAUCACUGCUUCCACCAGAGGAUUCUACCUCAAUCAAUCUACCGCUUAUAACUUCAAUCCCAAGCCCUCCAACCCGAGCUUCCUCAGCCACUCUCUGGUGGAACUGCUCAAUCAGGUCAGCCCAACGUUCAAGAAGAAUUUUGCUGCACUUCAGAAGAAAAGAGUCCAGAGACAUCCUUUUGAGUGGAUCGCAACCCCGUUCCAGAUAUACAGCUGGACGGCACCCCAAGUUGAGCAUGCAAUGGAUUGUGUGAGAGCAGAGGAUGCCUACACAUCCCGUCUGGGGUAUGAGGAGCACAUCCCAGGGCAGACCAGAGAUUGGAAUGAAGAGCUACAGACGACGAGGGAGUUGCCUCGUAAGAACUUACCGGAAAGACUUCUCCGUGAAAGAGCCAUUUUCAAGGUGCACAGUGACUUCACAGCAGCUGCUACCAGAGGUGCUAUGGCAGUCAUAGACGGCAACGUCAUGGCUAUUAACCCCAGUGAGGAAACCAAGAUGCAGAUGUUUAUCUGGAACAAUAUCUUCUUCAGCUUGGGUUUUGAUGUCCGGGAUCACUACAAGGAUUUUGGAGGCGAUAGUGCUGCUUAUGUAUCCCCCACAAACGACCUCAAUGGAGUACGGACAUACAAUGCAGUAGAUGUUGACGGUCUGUACACCUUGGGAACGGUGGUGGUGGAUUAUCGAGGCUACAGGGUCACUGCUCAGUCUAUCAUCCCUGGAAUAUUAGAGCGUGAACAGGAACAAAGUGUCAUUUAUGGCUCAAUAGACUUUGGUAAGACUGUGGUCUCCCACCCAAAGUACCUGGAGCUACUAGAGAAAACAAGUCGGCCACUCAAGAUUCAAAAACACAAAGUCCUAAAUGACAAGGAUGAGGAAGUGGAGCUGUGCUCCUCGGUGGAAUGCAAGGGUAUCAUUGGCAAUGACGGGCGCCAUUAUAUUCUGGACCUGCUCCGUACUUUCCCUCCUGAUCUCAACUUCCUACCUAUUGAAGGUGAGGAGAUGCCAGAGGAAUGUCAGAAAAUGGGAUUUCCCAAAGAGCACAGGCACAAGCUGUGCUGUUUACGUCAGGAGCUGGUGGACGCAUUUGUGGAACACAGGUACCUCCUGUUUAUGAAAAUGGCUGCCAUGCAGCUGAUGCAACAGAAGUCCUCCAUACAGGAGGCCACCAAUGCCCUGGAAAACGGUGCCUCCCCGACUGAUGGUAAAAAUGAAUUGCCAGAAGCUAGCCAGUCUGAUGAUCAGAAAGACAAUGUAGACGCGGAGUCCAAGCUCAAAGAACUGGAGGAGAGCAUGGAAGCCCACAAUGAAACAGUUGAUGCCAAAAGCAGAGAGGUGAUUCGAAAAGCCUGUCAGGCUGUUGGCUCCAUUAGUGACACAUCCUUUGACAUCCGCUUCAACCCAGACAUUUUCUCGCCAGGUGUGCGUUUCCCAGAAUCAAGUCAACAAGAAACCCAGGUCCAGAAGCAGUUGCUAAAGGAUGCUGCAGCUUUUGUCUUAACCUGUCAGAUACCAUGUUUGAUUAAGGAUUGUCUUGACCACAAUGUUGUUCCCAUGGAUGGCGCCACCUUAGCUGAAGCCAUGCACCAGAGAGGGAUCAAUAUGCGGUAUUUGGGGAAAGUCCUUGAUGUUGUCAACAAAUUUCCUGUUCCGUCUCAGCUAGAUCAUGUCCAUAAAAUUUUAAUUAGUGAGCUGAUUACCCGAUCUGCAAAGCACAUCUUUAAGACAUAUCUACAGGGAGUGGAGCUGUCUGGCUUAUCUGCUGCCAUCAGCCAUUUCUUGAACUGCUUCCUCAGCUCCUUUCCUAAUUCAGUCGCUCACCUACCUGCUGACGAGCUGGUCUCCAAGAAAAAGAACAAGAAACGCAAGAACCGGAACCUCAGCAGUGCCGACAACACCACGUGGGCGAGUGUCACUCCUCAGGAGCUGUGGAAAAACAUCUGCUCAGAAGCAAAAGCUUACUAUGAUUACACUGUGGAAUGUGAAAAUGUGGACCAGGCUGUGGAGACCUAUAACCUGCAGAAAAUCAGUCUUCUCCGAGAAAUAUGCGCUAAAGUCGGAAUUCAGAUACUGCUCAAAGAGUAUAAUUUUGACAGCAAACAUAAGCCAACCUUCACUGAAGAGGACAUAUUGAAUAUUUUCCCUGUGGUGAAACAUGUCAACCCCAAAGCCUCUGACGCUUUCCAUUUCUUCCAAAGUGGGCAGGCUAAAGUACAACAGGGUUUCCUGAAGGAAGGAUGUGAAUUAAUAAAUGAAGCCUUAAAUUUGUUUAACAAUGUAUAUGGUGCCAUGCAUGUGGAGAUCUGUGCCUGUCUGCGGCUGCUCGCCCGGCUCAACUAUAUCAUGGGUGACUAUUCUGAGGCCUUAAGUAAUCAGCAGAAAGCCGUACUAAUGAGCGAGAGGAUACUGAGUAUCGAGCAUCCUAGUACCAUCCAGGAAUAUAUGCAUCUCGCGUUGUACUGUUUUGCAAACAAUCAGCUUUCCACGGCACUAAACCUGCUGUACCGUGCCCGCUAUCUCAUGCUGAUGGUGUUUGGGGAGGGCCACCCGGAAAUGGCUCUGUUAGAUAGCAAUAUCGGUUUGGUGCUUCAUGGAGUCAUGGAAUAUGACCUCUCCCUGCGCUUUCUAGAAAACGCACUUGCCGUCAACUCCAAGUGUCACGGAAACAAGUCUCUGAAGGUUGCACUCAGCCACCAUCUUGUAGCCAGAGUAUAUGAAACUAAAGGAGAGUUCCGCUCGGCCUUGCAACAUGAGAAAGAAGGGUACACGAUAUAUAAAAACCAGCUUGGGGAGCAACAUGAGAAGACCAAAGAGAGCUCAGACUACUUAAAGUACUUGACACAGCAGGCCGUAGCACUGCAGCGCACAAUGAAUGAGAUUUACAAGAACGGAUCCAACGCCAAUAUAAUGCCACUGAAGUUCACAGCUCCCAGCAUGGCAAGUGUUUUGGAACAACUCAAUAUUAUAAAUGGGAUCCUAUUCAUCCCACUCAGCCCAAAAGACCUGGAAGAUCUGAAAGCAGAGGUUAAGCGUCGCCAGCAGCUCCAGGAAGCCAUCAAGAGUGCUGACAACCAAGAGGAUAAAGCUCAAGAAACUGAAGAGCCACAGAUGGUAGCCAGUAGCACGACAACAAAUGAGGCUUCUGAAACGCAAACCUCUGCUUAGUUCCCCUCUGUUCUCUCUUCUUCAUUCUUACAAAAAAUAAAU